GUGUUCUCUAAGGCCUGUGACCAAUGUUAUUUUCCAUUUUUUACUGCUGGUGUUCAACUUCCAUCUCUUUCAUCACACAUUACCACAGUUUAGCAGGUAAUAGUUCUAGAAUCUGGAUUAUUAAAUCUAGGAACAUGGGAAUCGAAGAAUAACAGCUUAACGUUAUAUCAUCCUGGUUUUUUCAUCUGAUCUGAGUUACAUCUUAAAGUGGGAUGUUGGCCUUCAGGUUUGGUCCCAAGUGGGUGGUAUUCACUAGUCUUGUUGGGUGUGCUAUCACCGAAUUCUGUACGCCCGCCGCAGCACGUACUCAAGUUGAAAUUUUAAUCUUCCUGCGCAUCUUAGAAGGUCUUCUUCAGGGUGUCAUGAUGCCAAAUACAGCCUGUCUAAUUGGAAACUGGUCUCCACCAAGUGAAAAAAGUCGAUUUACAGCAUUCGUUUUCUCAGGUGUAAUAUUUGCCAAGACUGCUUCACGCAUCUCUUCAAACUGGACCAAUUUAUAUCUCAUAUUGGCAAAAUGUACACUAUCUCUUUGGUACACUAGCUUUGAUUUUCUCACUACUAUGGGUUAUAUUGGUUUUCAACAAAAUAUAACGAAAACGUACAAUACAGAAAGAAAGACGAAUGGUGUACCAAGUUCACGUUUUUCAAAAAGCUUAGAUAGAAUAUCGCUUGACUUUGGUGCUACUCAGAGACGUUCUGUACCAUGGGGUGAAAUAUUUCGAUCACGUUCAGUUUGGUCACUUUUGAUUUGUCAUGUCUGUUUUAACUGGGCCUUCUACACCUUAGUCACUGGCAUGCCCAGUUAUAUGUCUCGUGUCCUUGGUUUCAGUAUUACUCAGAAUGGUCUUUUUUCAUCUAUUCCGUAUGUUGCCCAAUCAAUUGUCAGCUUAUCUGUUGCUUACUGUUCCGAUUUUUUGAUUGCAAGAAAGUAUUUGUCUACAACUUGGGUACGUAAACUAAAUAAUCUCAUUGCGUUAGGUGGGCUUGGUUUUGGUUUAAUAUGCGUUGCUGUUGUCGGAUGUAAUCGAACAGCUGCUGUAACUCUAUUCGCUGUGACUAUUGGCUUGAUGGGAUUCUCAUUCGCUGGUUAUGGAUCAAAUUCUUUGGAUUUAGCACCAAUGUAUAGCGGUAAUAUUAUUUCAAUAACCAAUACUGCUGCUACACUACCAGGUAUAUUUGGACCAUUAGUAAUAGGUUACUUGACAAAAAAAAGUUCAAGUGUUCACAAUUGGCUGCUUGUUUUCAGUAUAACUGCUGGGAUAGCAUGGUUUGGCGCUUUAGUGAAUUUAUGCAUGACAAGUGGUGAAAUUCAGCCAUGGAGUCGACCGUCACACAUAAAUACUUAUAAUAACAAUAACAGUAACAGCAAUAAUGAUGAUGAUCAGUUAGCCCAACAACGUCAGACAACGACAUCGAGAUCUAUAAGUCUUGACGGGGAGGAAAACUGA